AUGCAGCCAACCUCCACGCGCGAUACGCAGCCAACUUCCUCGCACUAUGAUCAGCCAACCUCCACGCACUAUGAUCAGCCAACCUCCACGCACUAUGAUCAGCCAACCUCCACGCGCGAUACGCAGCCAACCUCCACGCGCGACACGCAGACAACCUCCACGCGCGACACGCAGACAACCUGCUCAUGCGGACCCGACUUCAGUGCCGACCAAAUCCUUCGACAACAGCACCAUGUCCCCGCCAACUCGGCCCGUCCCCCUUCCCUCUCCACGUUAGCCCAUUCCCGGCACGAUAGCCCUUCCCUCUCCACGAUAGCCCAUUCCCGGCACGAUUACCUGCAGGAAACACUCGACGUGCUGUCCGACGAGACGCUCUACCUGCCGUUCACCGAGAUGCGCAAUGCGCUGGCCGACGAGAUGCUCAACAUGCUGUACGACGAGACACUCAACGAGCCGACUAACGGUGCAACCAUCGUCUGUCCGCUGGCGGAAGCACUGCCCCCCUGGUGCUUGUUGGUGCACCGUCGCCGUUGCGCCUGA